AAGCCCGUUUUGGAGGGUGCUUCCAUCACACUUCACCUCCUAAACGGCAGCACACCUGGAUAAGACAGCUGGAAGCUACUUGUGCGAAAUCUAGGGCCAUGCAACAAUGGAUUUAGACAUGAUCUUCAUUUAAAAUGCGCAGCAAAGUGAGACAAAGAAGGUUAUCACGAUCCUGGGAAUUCAUGAUAAGACACGAAAAAGAGGGUGGGGGAGACUAGAAUCUGGACAGAAUAGAGUUAGAAUGGAGACAACCGAGUUGAAAUCUGAGCCCGUGUCAUAGUUUUGACUCGGGAAGAUUCAGUGUACGAAGGGAUCUUUAUUGGCAAAGUUUUCGCAGCAUGGGCCCCAUUGGUGCAUGAAUGCAAGGCCACUCUUACCUGGAUUCACACUGACUUCCAAGCCCCACCACCUCAUCGUACUUGGGAACCCCCACGUAUCAAAACCUGCUUUUCUAAUCGUCAUUUGUCAUGUUUUCCUUUGAGGAACCCUCACAUGUUCUUAUCUCCAACCGAUCGCUCCGACACGCCGUUCCCAACAGUAAUUUGACCAUUAUCCAUCCAUUUCCUCCCCACCAGAAUUUACAACAUCAAAGUACAUUCCCCCUCUCCCCCCCCUCUUUUUUUUUUUUCCCUAUUUCCUGUUUGCCACCUGAGCUUGUGUACAGACAAGAGGCUAGGCCAAGUGUGUCUAUGAGAAAUGAGAGAGAGCUUUGCUGUCGACACGAGCGAACAAGGUCCCCAUGCCAAGUAUCAUCUUAAGACACGUUUCAGGGAAGCUUAAUUACCCCCAUUUGAGCUCUUAUCCCCCUGUUCUGUCAUAUAAAUACCAUUACCCCCUUUCAAACAAUGUGCUUAUCAAUCACUUUCCUCAAUUUUUAACUCCCUCCCCCCUGGUUCUCUGUCUGGAACAAUGUCGACAUCACUCAUGGGUGGCUUUGGGGAGAGAAAACAAAUCAAGAAGCCUGCACAAGCAAGCUCGAGAAAAGGAUGCAUGAGAGGGAAGGGAGGUCCAGAGAAUGCUCUCUGCACUUACAAAGGUGUUAGGCAGAGAACUUGGGGCAAAUGGGUCGCUGAAAUUCGUGAACCCAACCGUGGUGCUCGUCUUUGGCUUGGAACUUUUGACACCUCCCAUGAAGCUGCAACGGCUUACGAUGCUGCCGCCCGUAAACUGUACGGCUUGGAUGCCAAGCUCAACUUGCCAGAAUUAUGUGUCAACCCUCAGUAUCCACCUUCUUCAGCCAAUACUCCAAUUGCUCCAAUAGGGAACCAAACUCAAAACGUGAAUAAUUCAGGUACGAGUUCAUCAAAUAGCCAAAUUAUAAUGGCCAAUGAUGUAAAGCCAGUUUACAACAAUGACUCAGUCAUGUCUUUCCCCAACGAGAACAUUGGUUCUCAAGGGAACCUGGCGGAGAACAAUGCGAAAUUUGGCCAGAAUGAAGACGGAAUUGAUGGGUUCUGGGAGAACAUGAGCGUCAACUUGCCUGUUCUAGACGACUCCAUUUGGGCAGAAGCUGCCAUGUCAUUAGAUUUCCCAGUGAUGGAUAAUCCAGGCAGUUUUACCGGCACCCUCGUGGAUGCAACUGGCUGGGACGCCUUGCAGUCCCCGUGGUGCAUGUAAAGCUAAGCUCUUAGCUACGUGGAACCGAUAAGUCACACAUAGUCUUUUGUGCAUUAAUGUGUAAAUUGAAUUAUGCAGUGUCCUACUACUGUCUACACAAUACAGUAAUAGCCACGAAAACCACAUGGGUUUUUCUGGGCUUUCUGUAAAUAUCAGUCACGUGCUCUUCUAGCCAGCGUCCAUGUCCAAGUGUAUAAUGUCUGUAUAAAUCAACAUGUGCAACACAUGUUUCGUCGUCGAAUAAUAUUUUAGACUAUCUUAGGACGUGGAAAAUAGAAAUUGUUUCAUUGUCCACCAAUAGCAUUAAGUAUAUAUACAUGUCUUUCUCGUUUCUUGGUUUCUGUCAGCAAUGGAAGGACAAUCUAAUAUAAUCAACUUCAAAGUUUGUAUCA